GAGCCCACGACGCUACGCGAGGCCAGUUUGAGAACGCGACCCUAAACACUAACAUCCGGUACUUGUUUUAAAUUUGAAAAAAAUAUUAUAUCAUUUUUUUUUUAUAUAAUAUACAAGUUUUUAUAAUAUUAAAUUAUUAUUAUCGGUUUUGUUUAAUAAUUAUAAACAAUUUUUUUAAAUAAACGCUGAUAUCAUGAAGAUUGCAUUGCUGCUACUCGCUAUUUCGUGUCUUGCCUCAGCGCAAAGAAUAACGACAAUUCAACUUGAUGGAGUACAAUAUUUUGUAUCAAGAAUGAAUCCAUACAGUCCAGAAUUAAAUUAUUUUCUUGCUUAUCAAUAUUGUCGUUCACUUGGUCUUCAAUUAGCAUCAUUUGAAACAAGAGAAAAAGCUGAUACAAUGUCACAAUAUUUAAAAAAUGCUGGUUAUUCAAAAUAUGAUUUUUGGACGUCUGGUAAUAAACUUGGAACAAAUAUGUUAUUAUGGAUGAGUACUGGUUUACCAUUUAAUUCAACAUUUGAUUAUAUGAAAAGAGCAAAUAGACCAUCAGAUGUACCACCUGGUACUGAACCACAAAGAGUAGCACGUGAAAGUGGUGAUAGUGGAGCAGCUGAUGGUUGUGUUGCAUUAUCAGCACCAACAUUAUCCUGGGAUUCACAUGAUUGUACAUUAUUGAAAGAUUUUAUCUGCGAGCAGACACGAUGCUAUUAUUAUAAUUACGGUAGCAUACCGGUUUCGGCAACUCAGGGAAAUCGUAGAUCAUAUGUAACAACGACAACAACACCAGAAGUUAACCAAGCAAUUAAUGAAGAAGUAGUAGUAGUAGAAGAAGAAGCAGAAGAAGAUGUAAAAAUAGAAGAAGUUGACAAUGACAAGAUGGUAACAGACGAUAAAAUGGACAAGAUUAACGAUGAAAUUCACGAGACUGAAAAUAAUGAUAAGACCGAAACAAUUGAAACAAAGGAUCCAGUUAUUGGUAGAUUAAUGUCAACAUCAUCAUCAUCAUCAUUAUUAAAUAAUAAAAAUAAAAAUGAUGAUGAUGAUAAAUUAUCAAUAAUUGAUAAAAAUACAAGACCAAUUGAUAUACCAGAUAUAACAAGUUUAUUUACAAAAGCAACAGCUGAUGUUAAAACACGUAUUGAUCCAGUAUUUGAAGGUUUAAAAACACAUGAUAUACGUGCAUUACAACGUAAUAAUCAACAAAAAAUAAUUGAAUCAACAUCACAUAAUCAGGAUACCCAAGACUAUGAUAAUGGUGAAACUGAAACACCAGAAAAUGAUUUACAUGAUUCUAAAACAAUUGGACCAUAUGAAAGUAUGCUUGAUGAUUCACAAUAUGUUAAUGAUCAACCAGAUACAACAUCUGAUCAUAAUAGUAAUAAUAGUAAUAAUAAUAAUAAUAAUAAUAAUAAAGAAAAAGAUGAAGAAUCAAGCACAACUUUACCUGAUGAUAAAACCUUCAGGUACAACAUUAAAGUUCGCUCAAAUGGCAAAGUAUUAGACCCUCCGUCCAAUUAAUUUUUUUUUUUUUUUUUAAAUUAAUAUUUUACUAUUAUUAAUUCACAUUUUUUUUUUUAAUUACUAGUAUAUAAAUAUAAUCCCUAGAAAUUUAGCUUUAUCAUAAAUAUUUUUUAGCAUUCGAAAAAGAAAAAAAAAAUUGUAGAAAAUUGAUUAUUAUUACUGGUUAGAGAAUACAAGAAAAAAUUUAAAGAAUUUAAAAAAAAAUUAAUAACGUCAAAAGGGUAAAACAGUAUUAGAAAUUAGAAAAAAAAAAAAAGAAAAUACUGUUUAUUUUUAGG